CUAGCCCGCUUAUUGCUGAUUGCGGGCAAACGCCCUCUCGAACCCGCCUCGAGCGCCCCGCGUCUGCCUUCACCACUCCGCCUCGUCUUCCUGUACUUCCCACCCUUCCCCAGCCUCCUCAUCCAUCCCUCUCCUCUCCUUCUUCUAUCCUUCCCCCGUUCUCCAAACCCUCUUUCACUUGGCCACUUGGCCUUCCGCAGCCAUGGUCCGCAAGACUUCCCGCAAGAUCUCGUACCUGCUGGCCUCCGACUCGAGCCACAAUGGCCACACCCUCGGCGUAAACUCCAUCGCCGUCGACCCCAAUCCGUCCGCUGCGAUCUCCGGCAUGCUCUACACCGCCGGCCGCGAUGGUAUGGUCAUGUCCUGGGAACUCGAGCAAAUGAACCUGCGCACGCCGCCCUACAUCUCCAUCGACGACCUCGAUUCUGCCGCCCUGAACACCGUCGCGGAGGAAGAGCCGACCGAGGCGGCGCCCCCGGCUGCCAGCGCAAACGCAGAUUCUGCUCCACCCGCGAAUGGCACAGGCACAAACAAGCCGGUCGGAAAGUCGACAUUUCGCUCGAAAAUACAGCUUCAUACCCAUUGGGUCAACGACAUUGCGCUCGUGAACAACUACCAAUCAGUCAUCUCAUGCUCUUCUGACCUCACAGUAAAACUAUGGAACCCCCGCACCGACGCACAGUCUACGAUCGGACAUCACCACGACUUUGUAAAGUGUCUUGCCGUCGAGAGCCAGGCAGCCGACUGGGUUGCCUCCGGCUCUCUUGACCGCAAAGUCAUUCUCUGGGAUAUUAAUUGCGGCGGCGAAAAGCUGCAGAUCGACGUCGGCAACAAGGGCAACAACUCCAAAGGCUCAGUCUACGCCCUCGGAAUCGGCGGAGCCGGCGGUUCAAUCAUCGGCUCGGGCGGUCCGGACUCGAUCGUCAGACUAUGGGACCAGCGCAACGGCGAGAGCAUCGUCAACUUUGUGGGACAUACCGACAACAUUCGCUCGAUCCUGGUCAACAAAGCGGGUAAUCUCGUGCUCACGGCCUCGUCGGACUCGACUAUCAAGCUGUGGUCGAUUACCGCCGGCCGCCUGAUGCACACGCUCAAUAUGCACGAUUCAUCGGUCUGGUCGCUGCACUCGGAUCAUCCAAACUUGGAGGUUUUCCACUCUUCCGAUCGCUCCGGUAUGGUGGUCAAGACUGACAUGCGGGGAAUUUCAGAGGCAGAGGAUAGUCUUAGCGUGUUGGUCUGCAACGAGCAUCAGGGUGUAUCAAAGGUCGUCGCCUCGGGCGACUAUCUCUGGACCGCUACUGCCAACUCACGUAUUCACAGAUGGCGCGACGUCGACACAACAUCAACAACAAUUCACACCCAACGCCAGCAGCGCAUGCGUCGUCGAUCAAGCGCCAGUUUUCUGCAACCCCCGCCGCAAUCGACCUCGCUACUGCGCCAAGCCGCGGCCGCGAACAUCGCUCCCUCACAGAUCCCGGCCGCGUCUCUGAUCAACCUCAACGGCGGGUUCAACAGCGCGCUCGACGGGGCCGACGACGCGGCCUCGGUCAAUGGGACAAUCAUCAACCACAGUCUGCAUCGGUCGGAUUCUAACUCGACGAGCACGAACACGGCCGGGCUGUCUGCGGGCGCGGCGGCGGCGGACCCGCUGCGGCAUAACCCCGAGGAGACGAUCGAGGGCCAGACAGGUCUGAUUAAGCACAUCCUGCUCAAUGACCGAAGGCGGGUCCUUACGGUUGAUACUGCCGGCGAGGUCAUGCUCUGGGAUCUGGUGAAGUGCGUGAUGGUCAAGUCGUUUGGCAGCCGCGAUAUCGAGGAUGUGGCGGACGAGAUCAACACGUUUGAGACGAUGACGAACUGGUGCCAGGUCAACACGCGCACGGGUCAGCUCUCUGUGGUGUUGGAAGAAUCCUAUGUGUUUGACGCCGAGAUCUACGCGGACGAGAUUGUGAGCGAGCUGCCGCCCCAACCGCAGGCGCCGCAAGGCGGCCAGAUCGAGUUCCGCGACGAUCAGCGCAUAAACGUGGGGAAAUGGAUCCUGCGAAACCUGUUUGCGAACCUGAUCGAGACCGAGAUCAAGCGCGACGACGAAUACCGACAGACCAAGCGGCGCCAGAUCAUCGAGUCGCAGCAGAACGGGGCCAUGCGUCGCGUGCCGCCGGGCCAGCUGUCGUUUUCGCAGAUGACGCCGUGGUCGGAGGGGCCGCGGACGGCGGGCGCGAACGGGUCGUCGAUACCGCUGCAGACGCCGGGGCUGGUUAUUGGACUUGCGACGCCGGCGCCGGCGUAUAAUCCGAACGGAGGGCAUCAGCUACUGAACGGGGACGACGGCAAGAACCCGCUUUCGCCUGUUAAUGGGACGGUUGUGACGGAUUACUUUUCGUCUGCGGUGCCGGUGCCGCAAGUCUCUGCGCCGGCCGCGGCCGCGCUCUCAAAUACACCCGCGUCAUCCGAUCUCGCGUUUCCGUCGACGGACGCAACACCCACCAGCCCCAUCAACGGAACCAACAACAUCGACAGCAACGGCGACGCAGGGGAUAACCUUUCCAGCUCGAGCUCGCUGAUGGGCCGGCUGCGGUCGUUUGGAAAAGGGAAACUGAGCCGGACGGCGUCGAUGGCUGAUUCUCGGGGCGUCGAUGGACCGAACGGGGCCGCGGCGGCGGGAGGCGCAGCCGGCGCGGGUGCGGAUGGCGUGCUGACGCCGGUGGAGGAAGCAAAGAAUGAGCCGGCGUAUGAUGAUACGCUGGCUGGUGUCUUGCAAAAGGUACGGCACGAGUACGACAAGAGCGAGUCCUACGGCACGUCCGGGAUAUCGGUGGCGCCCGCGAGCGAGACGCCGAUCGUGAGGUUACCAGCCGAGACCGCGAUCAUCAUUUCCGAGCAACGAGUGGACGCGGGGGGCACGGUUGACUUGUACCGCGGCACGGUCGCGAGCUGCGGCAAGUACGACGACGUCGGGAUUCUCGAGGACGCGGCGCCGGGGUGGCUUGCUGAGUUCUUGCUGCUGAACAAGAUCCCCAGCAAAGAGCUUGUGAAGGUGAGUUUUGUGCUGCAGCCGUACGAGGACAAGCUUCCCGCACUGCCGAACGGCAACGCGCGAUUGAACGCGUACCGCAUGCUGCGGGCGAAGAAGAUCCUCGGGUACGUCGAGGAGAAGCUGGACGGCGCGCAGGUGCCGGAGAAGGGCAAGUAUAGCAGGCCCGAGGAGUGGCUGGAGUUGGUGUGUCAGGGACAGGUGCUGGAUAAUGUGUAUACGCUUGCGACGAUCCGGGCGCGGAUUUGGCGGCAGGGCGGCGAUGUUUUGUUGUUGUAUAGACGGAAACAGAAGGCGUGAAGCCUAUAUAUUUUUACAUCUCAUCUUGUUUUGAUCUGUUUGUGUUUUUGCAUCAUCGUUAUCGAGUUCCGACCUAGGUGAUUUUUCUUUGUGUUUUUGUUAAAAAAAGGUUGGUAAUAGUUAUUGUGGAGGUGGUUGAUUUUGUUUGAUAUGUAGUCCCU